CUUACGUCAUGAUCGGAGCAUUCAGAGCUGUUCGGAGCGUCCGGCAGACCGGCAGUCGAAGUGAAUACUGGUGAAUACUUUGAAAGUGUUGUACCAGAGUUAAUCGUUUUUCUGCCGUUCCUGACGUACGUAAUUGACAAAAUAAGAUAAGUGUUACACGAGAUACGAGGAUGCCUCCAAAAUGUAAAUUUCAAGAAGGAGAGAAGGUUCUGUGCUUUCACGGGCCAUUAAUCUACGAAGCCAAGUGCUUGAAGUCGUCUAUUACCAAGGAGAAGCAAGUCAAAUAUUUCAUUCACUAUGCUGGCUGGAAUAAGAACUGGGAUGAAUGGGUUCCCGAGAGCAGAGUGCUCAAAUACAACGAGGCUAAUGUACAGAAACAAAGGGAAGUCCAAAGAGCGCACUCGAAUCAGCAAUCUGCUCAAAAGAACAAAAAGGGAAAUACAACGACUAAGACACAGGGGCGAAGGAGCGAAGGAGGUAGAGAGAAAGAUGCAGACAGCAGGUCGAGCACGCCUGUAGCUGACAAAAGUAUGAGUCGAUUUAGCAAGAGUUCAAGCAGCACGGUAACUCCUUCGUCUUCUCACGAGUCCGUGUCUGAGCCGCCACGUAAAAAACGAAGUCGGCUAGAGCCGUCCGGCGAGACUGAAGAAUAUCUGACGAAGAUAGAGGUUAAGAUUAAGUUGCCUGAAGAAUUGAAGCUGGUGCUGAUAGACGAAUCCGAAAUAAUACUGAAGCAUCACAAAUUACCCGCGUUACCCGUACAAAAUACGGUCGACAAAAUUUUAGACGAUUACGUGGAGGCAAAAUCAGCCGGGAAAUCCAACGACAUUAGGGAAAGCACAUUAGAAAUAACAAGGGGUAUUCGGGAAUAUUUUAAUAUCACAUUGGGCCUUCAACUGCUGUAUAAGUGGGAACGGCCGCAAUUUAUACAGAUAACGAAUGACCAUCCGGAUACGUUUCCAAGUCAGUUGUACGGAGCGUUCCAUCUUCUCAGGCUAUUCGUGCGACUUGGCGGCAUGCUGUCUUACACGCCUUUGGACGAGAAGAGUAUACAGCUAUUGCUGUCGCAUUUUCACGAGUUCCUGCAAUAUUUGCAGAAGAAUAAUGCCGAGCUUUUCAAUCUUCAGCAAGACUACACAGAUCCAUCACCGGAUUAUCAUCGGAAGUACGGUUAAAUCACGAGUAAUUAUUCUGCAAGUUUUUUUUGUACUUGAACAAAUGUAUUAUUUCUAUACACAAUAAUCGUUCGAUCUCACAUGGGCA